AUGUGCAGGGGCCAGACUACUAGUUUGAGCUCGAGCACUGGCUGUUCGCAUCUUGAGGAAGUGCAGAUCCGUGCGGAGAGCCUUGCCGCAGGGUUGCGUUCCCGAGUGUCUUUGAACUUGGUUGAGGACCAAGAUGCCGCCGAGCACAUGGCACGCUACUUGACAUGGGCGGCCCAGGCGCCCAAGGUGCCAAAGGCACCGAAGGGCAAAAGGAGCCCCGAAGCUCCCGAGCGAUCCCGUCUUCGCACGGGAGCAACCUCGGGGGUGGCCGUGGCUGCAGAGGUCCUCGGCCAAGCGAUGGUGGCCAUGAGCACAAUGCAGGACAGGUUCGACCGACUGAAUGUGGCCUUCCAGGAUCUUGAGAGGAACGGUGGGAUGGCCUCUGCCUUCAACGGAGAACGACCGGUAGCGGUCGACAGUGCAGCGCGCGCCUCCGAAGCCACAGUUCAAGCAGCAGAGUGCUGCUACGCAGCGCUGAAAAGUCUCCCGGCAUCCACGGUCUGGGUGGAGCUGCCCGAUCCCGUCAGCACAGCCGAUGCGCUGGAAGCAGCCGCAGCUAUCCUGAAGGCUGGCAGACUACAGCUUGCGGAGCUCGAGGCCUUCCAGGUCGUCACCUUGAAUCGAAUUCAGGCUCAGGCCCAGAGCACCUACCGAGGCCCCGACUUCCCACUUAGUCCUUUCAAGACUAUGGCCCUCACCGAGUUCCCUUGUGGCCCGAAGCUGUGCAGUGCUUCUGGGACUUAUCUUUGGAGUGAGGCUCGGGGCUUGCUGAAAGCUUUCGCCAACGGUCACAAGAUUGACAGGGAAUUUGGCGCCAGCAUCUUGAGCGAAGUCUUUCAUGUUUUCGACGAUCUCAUCGAUGGGCUGGCACGCAUUCUUGAAGAGUUGAUCUGCUUGGAAAGCGAGACCGACUCGAUGUGUCCCGCGUUGCUGGGCGCUGCUCAGGUUCAGAAGGACCUGUUGGAGUGGAAGCUAACCCUGCUUGAUGAUGAGAUCAGCCAAACACGGCAGUGCAAACUGAUAGAGUUCGUGGAGGUAGUUCUGGCUGUGGGCGAUGCUUUGCAAGCCGCCGUUCAGCAGUUGCGUCGGAGACGGCGACAGGUCGUGGAAGGCAUGAAGGCUUCUAUUGAAAUCAAAGCGGCCAUGAUGCCAGCCACGGAAUCAGAAGGCCAGCAGCCACAGCUCUUUGCAGACUGA